GAAGUGAGGGCACGCCGCAGUCAGGUGUCUUCUAACAUGCAGACUCCAGACUCCCCCGAUGGCUGCUUCCUGCCUGAACACCUGGACGCUGCAGUCCUAGAGUUGGACGUUGAUGAGCUGGAUGCUGGAGAUGAUGAAGCUUUCCUGACCAUCUAUGAUCUGAAGCCACUAAAGCACCAAGGGUCUGUUUUCCUGAAAGGUGUCCCCGUGACUGCAAAUAUAUUACAGACCGAGCGUUAUACCAGCGGAUCCAAGGUUCGAACCAGCACUUUAUAUUCUGUAGCCCUGACACACGGCCCGUUCCAAUGGAUCAUUAAAAAGAAGUUCAAACAUUUUCAGGAGCUUCACCGUGAUCUUCUAAGACACAAAAUAUUUGUCUCCCUCCUUCCCCUGAACCCACUCUCUCGGUUUAAUGUGACUCGGUCACGAGCUGAAACCACCUCCGAAGAAAUGCCCUCUCUGCUUCAUGCUUCUGGAGAGUCGUCACGAAGGACCCCAAGUAAACAGAAAUACCUUGCAGACUACCUCAAUGCGCUACUGGCCAAGGCCUUCUACCGAAACUACCAUGCUAUGAGGGAGUUUCUGGAGGUCAGUCAGUUCUCCUUCAUUACAGACCUUGGGAUUAAAGGAUUAGAAGGUUUCAUACUUAAGAGAUCUGGUGGUCAUCAAGUUCAAGGUAUCAAUUGCUUCGGCCAUCACAGAAUCUGUUACCGUUGGUCAAAAAGGUGGUUUGUGGUAAAAGACUCCUUUCUUCUGUACAUAAAACCGGACUCUGGAGAAAUUUCCUUUGUUCUUCUCUUUGAUCCUUUAUUUAAAACUGAGAUUGGCAAAAAAGCAACGGAGACUAAAUACGGGGUCAGUGUACAGAGCUAUCAACGGACGCUGAACCUGAAGUUCAGUGGGUAUCGUCAGGCUCGCUGGUGGACACAGCAGAUCACCCAGAUUGCUGAGGAUCAAGGGAAGGACUUUCUGAGUCUUCAUCGGUUUGAUGCUCAUGCACCAGUGAGGCAUAAAACCCAAGUGAAGUGGUUUGUUAAUGGCGCCACUUAUUUUGCUGCGGUUGCUGAUGCCCUGCUGCAGGCUCGUGAGGAGAUCUUCAUCACUGACUGGUGGCUCAGCCCAGAAAUCCACCUGAAGCGCCCAGCGUUUGAUGACCAGUUUAGACUGGACAUUAUCCUGAAACAUAAGGCGGAGGCUGGGGUAAAAGUUUGUGUCAUACUCUUUAAGGAGAUGGAAAUGGCUCUCGGUAUUAACAGUGGGUACAGCAAACGAGCGUUAAUGCUUCUGCACCCCAAUAUUAAGGUGAUGCGUCACCCCGAUCACUUGUCUUCCAUAGUCUUCCUCUGGGCUCACCAUGAGAAGAUGGUGGCCAUUGACCAGUCUGUUGUGUUUCUGGGUGGUUUAGACUUGGCCUAUGGCCGAUGGGAUGAUCAUGACUAUUGACUGACUGAUGCACGAUCUACGGAGAUGCAGCAAAGGUGGACUCCUGCUGUCUCUCACCAGAAAGCAACCUCAUCUGCUGAACAUCCUACAAAGGAACCCUCUAUGGAAUGCCAGACCUGGAUGGGCAAAGACUACAGUAACCUCAUCCUCAGAGACUGGGUACAACUGGACAAACCGUUCGAGGAUUUUAUUGAUCGCAUGAAAAAUCCCCGAAUGCCGUGGCGGGACGUGGGUGCUGUGAUUCAUGGUAAAGCAGCUAGGGAUGCCUCCAGACACUUCAUCCAGAGGUGGAACUUUAACAAGACAAGAAAAUAUAAUGGGCCGGAGUAUCCAUAUUUGCUUCCCAAGUCUCUUUCUACGGCAGAGCGGUAUAAUUACACAGUACCAGGAUGUUGCAGUGCCAGUGUACAGGUGCUGCGGUCAGUCGAUCGCUGGUCAGCAGGAUGUAAUGAAUGCUCCAUCCUCAAUGCUUACCUGGACUGUAUAUCCCACGCUGAGCACUACGUGUACAUAGAGAACCAGUUUUUCAUCAGUUCUACAGAUGGAAGAAUAAUCCAGAACAUGAUAGCGGACGCCAUCGUACAGAGGAUAUGCCACGCUCACAAGGAAGGCAAAAAAUUCCGGGUCUUCAUUGUGAUCCCUCUGUUACCUGGCUUUGAGGGCAAUAUUGAGUUGGGAGGUGGAAACUCCAUCCAGGCCAUCCUGCACUUUACAUUCAGUUCUAUUUGCCGUGGAGAUAAUUCUAUAAUUUAUCGUUUGAAGGAAGAAAUGGGAGACGCCUGGCGCCAGUACCUGUCAGUGUGUGGCCUGCGGACACACGGGGAGAUGCCGGAUGGGUCUCUGGUCACAGAACUCGUUUACAUACACAGCAAAAUGCUGAUUGUGGAUGACCGAAAAGUCAUCAUAGGCUCGGCUAAUAUCAAUGACAGGAGCAUGCUGGGAAAGAGGGACAGUGAACUGGCCAUCAUGGUGGAAGAUACAGAAUAUCAGCAGUCCUUUAUGGAUGGGAAGCCAUACCAGGCAGGAAAAUAUGCACUCAGCCUGCGCAUGGACUGCUUUAAUACUCUCCUGGGUGCACAGAAGCCGCCGUGUCUGGAUGUCUCCGAUCCAAUAUCCGAUGAGUUCUUUAGUAAUGUCUGGAAUCAGAUAGCACUGAAUAAUACCGCACUUUAUGAUCAGGUGUUUCGAUGUCUUCCGACCAACAGUGUGCCAAGUCAUCGAAUACGCCAGGCUUACACCUGCGUACCCCAUCUGGCAAAUACUGAUCCCAUCCUCUCCCGGGAGAUGUUGGCGAGGGUGAGGGGACAUCUGGUGGAGUUCCCUUUGUACUUUCUGGCUGAAGAGUAUCUUCUGCCUCCUCUCAAUAGCAAAGAAGGGGUGAUCCCUACCGAAGUCUGGACGUGACCUAACCAGAGAGAGGAUCUGCAUCAUUUUUCACAUCUCGGACAAUAAUACAGAAGAUCUGUUCGAUCUACAGAACUAUCAGUCAGUGUGCGACCAUGAUCCCUUCUAUGUUCUCUCAAGAAAACCCCAAUGUCUGUGCAACAACCCCAACCAGAUCACCACUGUGCACAUACACAGGAU